AUGGCUUCUUCGCGCCUUGAUCAGAUCGUGAAAGGCGCACCGGCAGACGCCCGAGCUCCAUUCAAUGACUCGCCUGCCCCCCUGCCCAGGUCCUAUCUAGAAGGCGCUACCACAAACUCGCGACCUACAACCCCAGACCCGUUGUCGACAUUGCCCUCGUCCCCGCCACAGAUAUAUUUGAAUCUAUUGAUCCUCGAGGGCUCUCUGCGCGCACAGUACCUGGCACUUCGCGAGCGUCGUCGUCAGAACACUUUCUUUCUCAUGAUACUUGCGAUUUGGGUGGCUUAUUUCUUCUACGCUCUGUUCAUGCGACCGAGGGAGGAUGGCAGUGGAGUCGGAGGCUCGGUAUAUUGGAUGGUCGAGACGGGAGAAAAAGUGGCUUUUAUGGGCGGCAUUGUCACUGGUAUACUGGUCUGGGGAACAGGGCAAUGGGAGCGAGGAAUGCGAUGGCCCCGGCGCUGGUUCGCCGUGGCAAAUCGAGGCCUCCGCGGUAUGAACACUAAAAUUGUUUUGAUUCGAGGUCCAUGGUGGAAAGAAGUGCUUUCCUUUUUUUCGUUCAUCUUCCCGUACUCCUCCCUCUUUCAGUCUCCGAGAAACUUUCAAUACGUGGAGCUGCAUCCGUCCGAGAAAAAGACUAUCAGACACCAGCACCCAGCGCAUGAUGACGACGGCGAGUCUGGCAUAAUCGAAGAAGAUCUGGCCCCAGGAGGGGAUUAUGUUCGGUUACUGCUUUUGCCGAAAGCUUUCUCGCCAGAAUUUCGAGAAAAUUGGGAUGUAUAUCGCGCGGAUUACUGGGAAAAAGAGAAUGAGCGGCGAGCACAUCUUCGCCGCAAAGUUCGCGAACGUGAGCAUCAACGGGCACAUCAAGAAGGGGGCUGGCUGUGGUGGCUUCCUAUGAGACAAUCGAGGCUACGUCGAGUCAAGGUUGGGGACUCUCAUUCUCACCAACAUCACCAUCAGCCGAGUGGUGCUGGCAAGCCUCAUGAAGGUAGACCACGCCGGAACACGCGAUCUAACUCGCAAUCUCUGCAUUCUCGGGGCUUGUCCCGGGGUGCGACACCUGAGAGUGGCAUUGCGACGCCUCCAGACCCGCAGAGUCAGAGGCGCAAAAAGGGCUCAAAGUCUUCUACGUCAAGGAGUCUGUCUCCUUUGACUACUCAAGUAUCGAAGCGGGAUUCAACAAUAUCUAUCUCCUCGACAGCUUCUGACGAUUCGUUCUUGCCUGGUGCCAGGGAGAAGCGAAGCACGCCGGAAAUCGCCACAGCAGUGGAGGCUUAA